AAGUGUGAGGGGUGUUUCCAGCUGAUCUGCACAACAGAAGGAGCAGAGUCCCCCUCGGCAGUCCGACCUACCUGCCUCUGUCUCCGGUACCACAGCACUGAGGAUCGGCACCGGCCCCGGCAGGUCUGCUGUGCCGCAUCAAGAGUCUCUUCCUCCGGAUUAAUCCCAGCUCUUCCCCCUCCCUCCUCCCUGUUUCUGCGCUUCUUUUAGCCGCCUGCUAGCUGCCGUGAAGCGGUGCCGCCGUCGGUAGCUGUUAGCUCGGACUGUCAUGAUCCCAGCUCGGAGAUGGCGUCCUUCCCCGGUUUGUGUAAGGCUGUCGGGCCCGCGGAGGAGGAGAACGGAGAACUGGACGGAUCCCUGCAGACGAUGCUGAAGGCCAUCGCAGACGAGAGGAACCGACUGAACAUCCGACAGGAGAUCAGUGGUCUGGGUUGUUUUAAAGAUGACCGCAUCGUGUUUUGGACCUGGAUGUUCUCCACGUACUUCAUGGAGAAGUGGGCUCCUCGACAGGAUGACAUGCUGUUCUACGUCCGCAGGAAGCUCGCCUACGUCAGCGCGGACAACACCGAGGGGAAAAAGGUGGAGGUGGAGGUUUACAGGAGAGACUCCAAGAAGCUGCCCGGCCUCGGAGACCCCGACAUCGACUGGGAGGAGAGUGUCUACCUGAACCUCAUCCUGCAGAAGUUGGACUACGUAGUCACCUGUGCGGUCUGCACGCGCUCAGACGCAGGAGAUAUCCACAUCCACAGGAAGAAGUGUCAGGAGGUGUUUGCAUCUCCCAGCAAACACGCCAUGGACAGCAAAGGGGAGGAGUCUAAGAUGAGCUACCCCAACAUCUUCUUCAUGAUCGACAACUUUGAAGAGGUAUUCAGUGACAUGACGGUUGGCGAGGGGGAGAUGGUUUGUGUGGAGCUGGUGGCCAGCGACAAAAGCAACACCUUCCAGGGCGUCAUCUUCCAGGGCUCGAUCCGCUACGAGGCCCUCAAGAAGGUCUACGACAACCGGGUGAGCGUUGCAGCAAAGAUGGCCCAGCGGAUGUCUUUUGGCUUCUACAAAUACAACAACAUGGAAUUUGUGAGGAUGAAGGGUCCGCAGGGAAAAGGCCACGCUGAGAUGGCCGUCAGCAGGGUGCCGACAGGUGACACGUCCCCCUGUGGCACCGAGGAGGACCAGGUGUCCCCCAUGCACGAGAGGGUGACGUCUUUUAGCACUCCUCCGACUCCAGAGAGGAACCGUCCGUCCUUCUUCUCUCCGUCUCUCAGACGUAAAGUGCCCCGAAACCGAAUUGCAGAGAUGAAGAAGUCUCACUCAGCCAACGACAGCGAAGAGUUCUUCAGGGAGGAGGACGACGAAGAUCUUCACACGGCCACCAACCUGCGCUCUCGCUCUCUGUCGGGUACCGGGCGAUCUCUGGUCGGAUCGUGGCUCAAGCUGAACCGGACUGAGGAUUACUUCCUGCUUUACUCUCACCUGACCUACGUCACGCUGCCGCUGCACCGCAUCACUACAGACAUCCUGGAGGUGAGGCAGAAGCCCAUCCUGAUGACAUAGCAGCGCCUGUUUCCCGUUUCCUCUCAGAGCUUCUCUACAAAGUGCCUCCUGCAUCAGGCCACAAACAGCAGCGCCCCCCGGUGUCCACACUGAGAACAACAACAACCAACCAAACACCUGAGUCAGAGGAGACCACGCGAUCAAACCAGCCAUUCAGGAAGUGCCUCUUCUUCUUUCCAGGAUCCAGGACGACGCAAGCUCGGCGUUGGGAAGGCAUCAGCCGACAGGAAGGAGGAGGAAGUGAAGAAUGUGUGUUUUAUUUUUCCUUUUUCCUGUAAAUAUUCUGCUGCUUUACUCACUGAGACGCCUUUUUAACGACACAUUCUUUUUCUGUUCGACUCGCUGUGGACCUCGUGGAGUUUUUUAAAGAUAUAUCUACAAAGACGGAUGAGAAAGGGAUUCUUCGUCUGACAUGUUUCAAAUAAAAAGUGUUUUUUAAA